AUGAGUGGCAUGGACGACAACGAAGACGAGACAGAUCUCUUCGACGACGAUGACUUCGAUAAUCUGUCAGAAUCCGCCCUGCAGCAACUAGAAUACGAUGCUAUCCUAUCAACCCAGAAGGCGCAAACCUCCAAACCUGUCCCUCUCCCUGUGCAGAGGCCCACGGCCUUGCCGCAGUCGAGGUUUCCGCCUCACCCACCCUUCAAUCCUCGAUCCCAGCCUUCGCAUCCAGCCAUUCAGAGAUAUCUGACGGAGGACGAUGAUAGCUUUGAACUGGUUGGAGAAGAAGGCGUGCCCACACCAGUAGACGAUCAAGAUUCUUAUCCUGUACGUCGAAUUCAGAUCAGCGAGGCUGCCCAGAGAGCACAAUUUCGCCAGCAACGAUAUGGCCAGACUAUAUCUCGUCCGCCAGUCGACCAGGCGAAUCAUCAACGUCAGAGAGGUUCGUUCGAAAUAACUCCAGCAGGCGGCUUGAAUCAUGGCGCUGCAGCUGGAAUGGACGAGAUGGUGUUGGACGCCCCGUUUCAACAAACCGGCACAGCUUUGUCGGGAGAUGCUCGUGAUACUUUCCAUAAUGACGUCGACGAACUGCUCCGAGAGAGGGAAGAGCUCACCCGAGAGUUGCGAGCUGCCACGGACAUGGUCUCUAUGCAAAAGGGCGAGAUCUCCAUCAUUCGAGCGAACUUUGAGAAGGAGACCAAAGUCUACGACCGACAAAUUGGCGCUCUGAAAAGGUCAAUGGAAGAAGAAUCCGCAAAACACGCUGCUGCCCUCACCGCCUUGGUUGAAAAGAACCAUAGCCUCACCACCCGGUAUCAAUUCCUGCAGCAAGAGCAUAAUCAAGGGCUUCAAGAGACCAAGACUCUCAGGCAACGCUUGAAGGAUAGGCAGACGGAAAGGGAAUCUGAUCCAACAACAACCCCCAAGCGGGGCAUAGCAAGCUCUCUUCGAGAUGGUUUCAACGAUGACGAUAUUAUGCUCAUGUCCCCCUCGAAAUCUGCACGACGCUCGAAGCCGCCAACGCCAACAGCGGCAGCGAAGAGGAAACGAAAACUUGAUGGGCCCAGUCCUGUGAAGCCGCUGGUUUUGCGCCCGUCCAGCUCGACAAGUCAAAAUGAGAUGCCGCCACCAUCUCCGCAACUGAUCCAGACCGUAGAGCAGGUUGUGUCGGUUGUGAAGAAGGACAAACAAGCUGAACGCAAUCUGAGAUUCCUACAGUCGAUCGUCGAGUAUCGGAUUAAAGAUUCGAAAGAGCCACUCUUUGAAGCUUUAAGCAAGUUUGCCUUCCCCUCCAACCCGUCUAAGACGUUCUCGGCGCUCCUCUGGGAAGGCAUUGCUCAGCUCAGGGGACGCCGUCUCCCUGGUGACCUCCUCCAACUCUUGAUAGAUUUGUGGUCCAAGGCACUGAAAGAACAAUACUAUAAGCCAAUUGGCUCUCUGCGGGAGAUAGCGAACCAUAUCGUCGAUCUCGAUAUGCUUGUCAUUGAUUCCGAUGUCAUCACGGCAAUAAUCCCUCUUCUCAAAUCCACCAUCACGAUCAACGGCGAGAAACGCUUUGAACACUCACCGGUGAAUCAUGCAACUUAUGGUAGGAUCCGUCAAACUCCUCAGUCAGUUAUAAACCGAGAGAUUGACGGGACAAGCUGCCUGGAGUUCAUGCUCACAAUCGCCUACACUGUGUCAGACGACCCAGGACUUCUCGCCCUGCUAUGGCGUCUUAUGGACCACCAAUUCAUCCUGAUGAUGCUCAAUGCCUGGCAGCCAAUAUCCGACAUCGCACUCAUGCUCCGCUUACUCGCCACAAGCAUCUUCCCCGCCACAUUUGGCAGUAUUUGUGUUGGCGGUCAGCAAUCGCAGGUUGAACAUUGGAUGAUGAAUCGGAUCUGCUCUCUGCUUAGGGAAACGCCCAAUGUCGACGAAGGCGUUCCUCCCUACACGACCCAGCAACUGUGUCAACUCCGGCUUGAGGCCAUGGAUCUCCUCAUAAAAAUCGCCAUAACGUCUUCUCCACAUCCACACGAUGAUCCCUCUCACCAUGGCAGUCUUCUCAUCGCAAAUGACACCCACGCUAUUGCCCGCCUCGUCCGCAGUUUGUAUGACCAAGUCUCAGCGAUGUACUCUCUCCACCCUACCACGCACACCUUACAUGCGUCCCUAAUCAACAAAGGUGUUUCUCUUCUUUACCACCUCUUACGACUUCACGGCUCUACUAUAAACCUGCAAGAGAAGCUUUCCGUGAUCAACGGCGGGGUGCACAAACAUCGCGUGGUGCUCACCAGACUAGCUUUCUCAGAGGGAUUUGUGGUAGAUAAAUUUGUGAGCGAUGAGACUGUAGCGAUGGCAACACAGAUGCUGGAGGAGAGUGUGACGCCGGAUGAGGCGGAUGAACUUGUAAAGUGUUUCCCAGGGUUCAACGGGAGGGGAGUUGGCAGGGAUGAAGACGAGUAG